CGAUGACGAACUAACCCGGAAGAAAACGUCAACGUCAGGUGAUGUAUACAGCGUUUGAGCUGGAGCUACUCUAGUCAUUAAUUUAUUGAUAAUAAUUCUUUAUGCAUCAGGACUUGUCUUAAACCAUGGCUCAAAAAAUCAACGAAGCCCAUGAGCACAUCGCCCAGGCUGAAAAAUAUUUGAAGACGAGCUUUAUGAAGUGGAAGCCUGAUUAUGAUAGUGCUGCAUCAGAAUAUGCUAAAGCAGCUGUUGCUUUUAAAAACGCCAAGCAGCUUGAACAGGCGAAAGAGGCGUAUUUACAGGAGGCUGAAGCUUACACCAAUAAUGGAUCCCUUUUUCAUGCUGCCAAGGCCCUCGAGCAAGCAGGCAUGAUGCUGAAGGAUAUGCAGAAACUCCCUGAGGCAGUGCAGUACAUAGAGAAAGCCAGCAUGAUGUAUGUGGAGAACGGCACACCAGACACUGCAGCCAUGGCCCUCGACAGAGCUGGAAAGUUAAUAGAACCUUUGGAUUUAUCUAAAGCUGUUUACCUGUACCAGCAAGCUGCGUCUGUGUUUGAGAAUGAAGAUCGAUUACGGCAAGCAGUGGAGCUCAUUGGCAAAGCAUCAAGACUUCUUGUUAGACAGCAAAAGUUCGACGAAGCAGCAAAGUCAAUCCAGAAGGAGAAGAACAUGUACAAAGAAAUAGAAAAUUAUCCAUCUUGUUUUAAGAAAACCAUUGCACAAGUGCUGGUGCAUCUCCACAGAGGCGAUUAUGUGGCGGCGGAUAAGUGCGUGCGAGAAACCUACAGCAUCCCAGGAUUCAGUGGGAGUGAAGACUGUAUUGCCAUGGAGCAGCUUCUGCAGGGUUUCGAUCAACAAGAUGAAGAUCAGGUGUAUCGUGUCUGUAAUUCACCGCUGCUCAAGUACAUGGACAAUGAUUAUGCAAAGUUGGCCAUUAGCCUGAAAGUGCCUGGAGGAGGGAAGAAGGAAUCGUCUGUUUCUGCUGCCAGUGGAGACGCCAAGCCCGAGGAAGAUGAGGAUGAGUAUGCUGGUGGGCUCUGUUAAACUGAGUCAGAGCUCUUUCUCUGCUACAGGAGGACAGAUUGUGAAGACAUUUUCCAUCUGUUACCUGUCAAUCCUUUAUGAAGAUAUAAGCAUGAUUCUGUUAACGCCGGUGUUCCUGAAAUACGAUACUUCCAGACUGGAGCUGUUUGUGUUUGACCCUUUUCAGAGCUAUUUAUGGGAAAAAUGUCACUUGGAAAAAUUGAUAAGAUGUUUUACACUUAUCCAUAUGGAGGCCUUUAUCAGCACUUGAUAGUGCAGGGUUAGACUUUAUCCAUCCUGAAACAUACUUAUUUGGGUUUAUUAAUAAACUCUAUUUUAUAUAAUUAUAGAGUUUUCAGGCAAUUCUUAUAGUAAGAUUGUUACAUUAAGUUGAUACAUGUGAUACUAUAUAUACUGUAUAUCAUGCACUAUAUUGAAUAGUGUUGAACUUUAGAUGGUUUAACAAAGUCUUUGUGUGCAGUAUUUCAAAUACCCCCUUUUUUGCUUUGUUAUAAUCAAUUAAAUUAUAUGAUGAUAUGCUGGAGAUUUGAAUAACAGUGCCUGGCCAACCAUAAAGAAAGUGAACUUGUUUAUGUUGUCAUUUUGAAAAUAUUAUAAUUAGUAUCAUAUAAUCCAAUAGUUGAACGUUCCUUUAAAGUGUAAACACCAGCUUUUGUAAUGUAACAUCUAUGGAAUGGCACCUUAAAACUAAGCAGGACUCUUCAACUAAAUGCAUGACAUUGCUUAAUAUUGUCUGUAUAUAAGAGACUGGCCUUGAAAUGUAAGUUUGAAAUUGCAGGAAUAAUUUCUGUAUUACAGACAGAAUGCAUGGGCUGAUAAAAUCAUAAACUAGUGAAUAAAGUAAACCAUUGAUUUUCUAAAUAUUAGUUUCUUGGUUGAUUUAGUUAUAGCCAUUAUUUUGCAGUUUUGGUGACACUAGCGGAUUAAGGGCUCAUUAUAGUUCUGCAUAAUGGUGUAGCCUCGACGCCGUAGGCUACACAUCAGUUUUCAUUCAUACAUCUGCGCCAUCGUCCCCGUUGGCGUGCAUUUACACAUGCAGACUGCUAGUAGGCAGUAUCCAUGCAUGUAACCCACAGUAGCAGUAAAACAGACAAAGAAGGUGACGCUUGGGCAGUAAACACUCCAAAGAAGCAGCAGUUUGUUAAAGUGCAAUUUAGGUCCUGUCCCAAAUGGCACCUUUAAUGUGGACUUUUGGUCUCGUGGUCUUAAAUUGCACAUACUUGCUUUAGUCUAUAAGUGCGUAGGGUCUCCCAUCUGUCAUUUUUACUCUCUAAAGUGUACUCAUCAGCGCCCCCUUUACAUCUUUGAUGUGGUCUUCAGGGAAGCGUAGAACGGACGCGUCAUUACAGUGUUGCAGAGGUGCACGUCAGGCUACGCAUAGCCUUUGGCGUAGCUACAGCGUAGAACCUACGCACGACUAUGAGGAAGUCCAGAAGUCCGGAGUAUGCCACUUGGGACAGGGCCUUAAGGAGAUCGCACACCAGCCGCGCAGCGUCGCGCCGUGUCGAGUCGCGUCUAGGACAUCUCGCAGGUAUUGUAAACCGGAAGUGCACAUUAAAUAGCGCGAGCUUCGUCAGAUAGCGUCUACUUCAAAAUGCAAAAUAUAUGUUAGCAGCCAAUGUUAAUCGUUAAUGAUUUGGGACAAAUAGGAUGUUAUUUAAUGUUAAACUAUGUGAGUGGCGCUGUGUGGCACGACAGGGAUUUGAGCAACUUCCUGAGUCACAGCUGGGCGCCGGUGUUCGAUUUUUUUAGAACGGCGCGGCCGGUGUGCGAUCCCCUUUAGAGUCCACAGGCUUCACGCACUAAACCAACCCAGAAGUCCUUGCGAAAGAGCAAUCAAACGACACUGAUGGGCAACUUCUCUUCCUAUUUCCAGCAUGUCGCUCGAGUCUGUCCCAACAUACGACUCCGAUGCAACCUCGUGGACUCACAUCAAGGGUCCAUAAGGUCUGCACUACAUUAAAGUGUGGACUCUAAGGCCCUGUCCCAACUUAAGUGGCAUACUCCGGACUUCCUCGUAGUCGUGCGUAGGUUCUACGCAAGGGUUCCCCAAAUCUUACCCUGAAGGGCCGGAGCACUGUAGAUUUUAGCUCCAACCCUAAUCAAACUUACUGUGAUUUUCUAGUGAUAUUGAAGACCUUGAUUAGCUUGCUCAGGUGUGUUUGAUCAGGGUUGGAGCUAAACUCUGCAGUGCUCCGGCCCUCCAGGGUAAGAUUUGGGGAACCUUGUUCUACACUGUAGCUACACCGUAGACUAUGCGUAGCCUAACGUGCACCUCUGCAAAAUUGUAAAGACGCGUCUGUUCUACGCGGACCACAAGCUUUGCGAUUGGUCCUCCUGUCAGGUCCUCAUAUGGAUUUUCGUUAACGACAGUAAAAACAAAAAUGGGUCAAGUUUAGGGGCCUCCUUUAUAAAAUGCUGCGUAGAAACCAUCCCAUUUGAGAUUACGAUCAUUUAUCAAAAAUGCGUACGCGUGAUUCAUAAACUGAACGUACGCACAGAAAACGCGCGUUCCUCUUUCUUUCAGAUGGAAAAUCUAUAAAUCCCAAAUGAUCUUAAACUUGUGUGCAGGUAAGCAGUUUUUGAUCUCCGCCUAAUUAAUGUCAUAGACAUAUAAAAGAGCAUCUGUCAAUGUCUAAAUUCAUUUCGAGCCGCAAGAAUGGCUUAUAUUCCAACCUGCAGCAGUCGGACAAGCAAAAGUGCGUACGUCUGCUCAGACCCUGACGUGGUGCUAACUACUUUUCCCCGUCAAAGACAGUUUUUAUAAAUAUGGACUUUGCCGUGGAUUUUUGGUACGCACACUUUACGAUCAAAUCUGUGCGUAUGCAUGCUUUACAAAUGAGACUCAAGUUGCAACAAAAAUCGCUAUUUACUUCCAUCACAUCUGUCCAAAGUAUACACAACCAACUGCUGCUGCUGCUUCUUUGGUGGGUGUACUGGCCGAGCGCCUUCUCUUUCGGCUGUUGCAUUGGUACUCUGGGUUACACGUGUGGAUACUGCCUUCUAGUGGCAGAAGCAUAUAUGUUCACCGCCUACGGCGUCGAGGCUACAGCGUAGGACCUACGCACAACUAUAAUGAGCCCUUAAGACAGUUUCAUCGGCUACGCGCCUGAACCGAAGUAAUCUUCUGGUCUGUAUUUAUUUAUUGGUCUGGCUAGUGGCUAAACUGAUCUUUGAAACAAAUACCUUGUUGAAAAUAAAAUGUUUUGGUUUGCUAAAGACGAGAGGAGACAACGAGCAUGAACCACAGCUGUGCAAAGAGGCAAGAUGGUCUGCAGCCAGGCAAGAAUUUAAGGACCUGUAGCUAACAUUGUUAUACAUUGUAUAUUGUAUUUAAUAUAACACAGUAACAUUAAUAAACUAUUAUAAAAUGA